CCUGCUAUUUAUAUUCUCAUCAUGUCAUUGCAGAUGGUAAUAGCAUUUUAGGAAUCAGAUGGAUAGAAGAGAGUUCUCGGUGAAAUCUGGAUUUUUCUUUUUCUUAUUGUUCAAUUUAUUCUCAUUUGCGUAUUGUUCUGUAAUUUAUAACAUAACUACAACCAAAGCAGUCUCACCAGAACAAAUUCUCAACUCUCCUCAUCAAAUUUUUGAGUUGGGUUUCUUUACUCCUAAUAAUAAUUCCCAUGAUCAAUAUGUGGGAAUAUGGUUCAAGGAAGUUUAUCCUCAGACUGUGAUUUGGGUGGCAAACAGAGAGAAGCCAGUUACAAACUCCUCGGGGAGUCUCAUAAUUGGCAGCGAUGGGAAUCUGAGGCUUCUGGACGGGCAGCGGAACUCUAUCUGGUCGACUAAUAUUUCAGGCCAAUGGAAGGGUUCAAUUGCUGUACUUUCGGAUGACGGAAACUUCAUUUUGAAGAACAGUAUAACAGGAGAUAAUCUAUGGGAUAGCUUUCAGCAUCCUACCAAUGCCAUUUUGCCAGGCACAUGGUUGGCCUACAAUGAGACAAGUGGUAUGAUAACAAAUAUCACUUCCUGGAAAAGUGACAACGAUCCGUCAAUUGGGGAUUUUACUGUUGCUGUACUACCGCAGACACCGCCACAAGCCUUCGCUUGGAAGGGAUCGAAACCUUAUUUUAGAAGUGGGCCGUGGGACAAAACAAAGUUUAUUGGGAUACCAGAAACAGAAUUUUAUUAUCAAAGUGGAUUCGCACUCAUCGAGGGCCCUCAGCCGGGAAUUGCUUAUCUCAAUGUUAGUAUACUCACGAACUGCAUUUACUUGAUGCUUGUGAUUUCACCAACCGGAGCCUUAAAAAACUUAUGUUGGGUGAAAGCGAGGGGCUGGUACGCUAGGUGGGCGGUACCCGCCACUCCCUGCGAAAUUUAUGGAGCUUGUGGACCUUUUGGGCUUUGCCAAAGAAAUGAACCCAAUCUAACUUGUAGAUGCUUGAAAGGGUUUGUGCCAAAGUCAGCUGAGGAAUGGAGCAAAAGAAACUGGACAGGAGGGUGUAUCAGGCGAGCUGAAAUAAGUUGUGGAGGAAACACAAGUUCCAUUAACACACAAGGAGGAAAACUGGAUGGAUUCUUGAGGAUUGGGGGGUUAAAACUUCCAGAUUCAUCUAAGUUCUUGAAGGUUUACGAUGAAAACGAGUGCCGUGGACAUUGUUUGAAUAACUGUUCCUGCUCAGGUUAUGCAUAUGUAAUUGCGAUAGGGUGUUUGGUUUGGACAGGAAACCUUCUGGAUAUUUACGAGUUACCCUUCGGUGGUCAAGAUCUUAAUCUCCGCCUUGCAAAUACAGAAUUGAGUGAAAGUGAUCAGAAGACUAAAGUAAAGAUCAUUACUAGCGUCAUCACUGUUGCAAUCAUCACCCUCAUUAUUGGUGCCAUGAUUUAUUGUUUCAUGAAGUGGAGAGCCAAACAAAGGACUAAAAGAAAUGAAACCGAUCGCGUUGAUUUGGCUGCUCCAAAUGACACUUCAAUAGGAAAUUUACAACCAAUUGUGUGGAGAAGCCCUUUAGAAGAUGAAGAUUCAGUAGAGCUGCCUUUAUUUGACUUCCAUAGCAUAUUAGUUGCAACCAACAACUUUGACAUAAAUAACAAACUCGGGCAAGGAGGCUACGGUCCAGUUUAUAAGGGAACACUACAAGAUGGGAAGGAUGUGGCGAUUAAAAGACUUUCUAGUAGCUCUAGUCAAGGCAUAGAAGAGUUCAAGAAUGAAAUGAAGUUGAUCUCCAAACUCCAACACAGAAAUCUUGUCAGACUCUUAGGUUGCUGCGUUGAAAGACAAGAGAAGAUAUUAAUUUACGAGUACAUGCCCAACAAAAGCUUGGACAUCUAUCUAUUUGAUCUAGAAAGAAAGAUAGAACUUGAUUGGACUAAACGCUUCAACAUUAUUACUGGAGUUGCUCGAGGCCUUCUUUAUCUUCAUCGUGAUUCUUGUUUAAGGGUCAUACAUCGAGAUUUAAAGGUAAGCAAUAUUCUUUUAGAUGAGAAGAUGAAUCCAAAAAUAUCAGAUUUUGGAUUGGCAAGAAUUUUUGAAGGCACACAAGAUCUAGGAAGCACUCAUAGAGUGAUAGGAACAAUAGGUUACAUGGCUCCAGAAUAUCUACUUGGCGGCAUAUUUUCAGAAAAAUCUGAUAUCUUUAGCUUUGGAGUCUUGAUUUUGGAAAUUGUUAGUGGUAGGAAAGUUAACAGCAUCCAGCACGAUGAACAACAAAUGAGUCUUAUAGCUUAUGCAUGGCAUUUGUGGUCCGAAGGCAAAGGUAUACAAAUGAUUGAUGAAGUAUUGGUGGACUCAUUUUCCUCAUCAGAAGUAAGCAGAUGUGUAAAUAUUGGACUUCUCUGUGUACAAGAUCAGGCUGCUAAUAGGCCAACCAUGGCGGCCAUAGUUUCUAUGCUAAGCGGUGAAAAAACAAAGCUUCCUGAACCAAAACAGCCUACAGUUACGUUUACAAACGUCUCCAGCAGCAAUUCUCAAUCACAAAGCAUUUCUACAUGGUCUGUAAAUAAUGUCACUGAAUCAACCAUUGAACCCCGUUAGAAUCCAACUUAUAGCAGAAACAAUUGUAUAAUCUGUUGCUUAUCCUUGUGGUAGACACGAUAAUCUUUUGCUUAUCUUUGUUUUAGACUUUAGUCAUGCCAAGUUUUAGAUCAUUGAGUGUGUAAGUGGAUGAGAAAUGCAUAAUAAAUGAUUUUGAAAAGUAA